AUGAAAAAUUACACAACAGUAGCAGAGUUUAUUCUACUGGGAUUGACAAAUGACCCACAGUGGCAGGUUGUACUUUGCACAUUUCUUCUUGUCACCUACAUGCUCAGUGUGACUGGGAAUCUCAUCAUUAUCACCCUUACGCUUUCAGAUCCCCAUCUGCAGACUCCCAUGUAUUUCUUCCUUCGGAACUUCUCCUUCCUUGAAAUAUCAUUCACAUCUGUAUGUAUCCCUAGAUUCCUUGUCACCAUUAUAACAGGGGACAGGACAAUCUCUUACAAUGGUUGUGUAGCUCAGCUAUUUUUUUUUAUCUUCUUGGGAGUGACAGAGUUUUACCUUCUGGCUGCCAUGUCCUAUGAUCGCUACGUGGCUAUCUGCAAACCUUUGCAUUACAUGACCAUCAUGAGUCACAGAGUCUGUAUUCUUCUUGUCUUUAGCUCUUGGCUUGCAGGAUUCCUGAUCAUCUUUCCACCAAUAAUCUUGCUGCUACAGUUAGAUUUCUGUGCCUCCAAUAUAAUUGAUCAUUUUAUCUGUGACUCUUCUCCAAUUCUGCAACUUUCUUGCACAAGCACUCACUUUCUAGAACUCAUGGCAUUUUUUUUAGCUGUUUUAACACUCAUGGUCACCUUGACACUUGUAAUUCUCUCUUAUAUAUACAUCAUCCGGACAAUUCUGAGGAUUCCUUCCACAAGUCAAAGAAAAAAAGCCUUUUCCACUUGUUCUUCCCACAUGAUCGUUGUCUCCUUGUCUUACGGUAGCUGCAUCUUCAUGUACAUUAAGCCUUCUGCAAGGGAAAGGGUGACAUUAAGCAAAGGAAUAGCUGUGCUCAAUACCUCAGUGGCUCCUUUACUGAAUCCCUUCAUAUAUACACUAAGGAAUCAACAAGUGAAACAAGCCUUCAAGAGCAUGAUCCGGAGGAUAAUCUUCCCUUCAAAUAAAUGA